GAUGGCAUUUCCGACGCGAUCCAUGUCAGCUCAGUGUGACAGGCGCGAGCCGCGCGAAAUAUAGGCCUACUUAUGCUACUUCUUGCUUUUUUCAUGAAAGAAAGCCAGACAACGGUUGGUUGAGCUGAGCGCAAGUCUAUGAGCGCUGAUUUCCCUGUAGCAGUUACUCAGGUAGGCUAAUGCCAAGUUUCGUUUAUGUCAGAGAUGAGAGGAAAUCGAAACUCCCAACUGAGUGAGUCACCAGGAAAGCACCGUCCCUAACGAAGAAGUUAUUGUGGCCGUGGAAAGCACGGAGAGGUCCAGCCUGAGAGUAAGGAAAAAACGGACUGAACAAUUAACCAUAUAGAGGCGGAUUCGAGUGGUAAAUCAUACCAACAAAUCACGCCAACAUGCACCGACAACCCGUCGCUCGGGCCGAUUAUGACUUCGCAUGGGAUAAUUUUCUAGAGUCGCUUCUUCGUAUCUGGCAUGUCUUCACGCAGACCAUUCUCGCCUUUUUCCAGUCAAGUCCUCCAAGCGCUCUUCCCUUGUUGGAAGAAGACUGGCGCCCAGUCAACUGGAGGAUCAGGGACGACCUGAAGGAGGAGACGAGGACUGUGGAGCCUAGCAACCCGGCCAUCGAGCAUCUCCGCAUCCUGGUCCACGGUCCGGUGGGAGCAGGGAAGUCCAGCUUCAUCAACUCCGUCGACUCCAUCUUCCAGGGGCGCAUGACCAGUCCGGCUCUGGCAGAGACCGCCAGUGACUGCAGCUUCACCCGCAUGUUCAGAACCCAUAAAAUUAAGGACGGCCAUUACGGAACUUGUGUGCCGUUUGUCCUUUGUGACAUCAUGGGGCUGGAGAAGGGCGAUCUACAAGGGGCGCACCCUGAUGACCUCAUCAAAGUGUUACAAGGACACAUCAGAGAUGGUCACAAGUUUAAGCCUGCAGUCUCCGUGUGUGAAGAGGACCCCCACUACAAGGCCAGUCCCAGUCUGAGUGAUCAGGUCCACUGUCUGGUCAGUGUGAUUCCGGCCAGCAAGAUCUCCCUCAUGGACGACUCCAUCAUACAGAAGAUUAAAGUGGUCAGGAGGAAAGCCACAGAGCUGGGUGUCCCUCAGGUGGUUGUCAUGACGCACGUGGACGAGGCUUGUCCUCAUGUUGGAAAAGACCUGGAGUGUGUGUACAGGAGCCGCAAGAUCAAAGAGAAGAUGCAGGAGUGCAGUUCUAGAGUGGGAGUUCCCAUGAGCCUCAUCUUCCCCGUUAAGAACUACCAUGAGGAAGAGGAUCUUGACGAGAUGAUUGACACCUUGUUGCUACGCGCCCUGAAGCAGAUCGUUCUCCUUGCUAACGACUACAUCUAUGAUAUGCACCCCACACCAAGAGAGAAUCAGCUUGACCGGGAGUGGAGACGGAUAAGAUGGGAGCCAUCAUCCUGUCUGUCUGAGUUGAGGUCUCUGCAAGUGGGCAACCCUGAUGUGUCGAGGCUCCGCCUCUUCCUGUGCGGGCCAAUGGGAGUGGGGAAGUCCAGCUUCAUCAACUCCGUCAGCAGCGUCCUGCAGGGAAGGGUCACGACCCCGGCGCCCGCAGCCAACACUGCAGCAGGAUUCACUACCAGAUAUAAAAACUACUCAUUUAAGAACGGGUCAUCUGCACCACUUCCUUUCGUCAUCGCUGAUGUCAUGGGACUGGAGGGAGCAGCCAGAGCCGGGGCGCAUGUUGAUGACCUCACCAAUGCCCUGAAGGGGCGCAUCAAGGAUGGCUACGAGUUUAAUCCGGUGUCUCCGCUGGCUGAAGAGCGCUCCUACUAUAACAGUAGUGCCAGCGUGGCUGAUCAGGCCCACUGUCUGCUCAUGGUGGUGUCAGCUGAACACCUCUCCAGCAUGGACCCCGGCCUCGUCACCAAGAUGAAGACCAUCAGGCAGAGAGCACGUGAUAUACCCCAAGCUGUCGUCAUGACGAUGGUGGACAAAGUCAGCCCACUGGUCAGAGAGGAUCUUAGAGAGAUGUACACCAGCAAGACCAUCAAAGACAAGAUGGAGGAGUGCAGUGAUCUGCUGGAGGUCCCCCUGAGCUCCAUCUUCCCGCUGAAGAACUACCACGAGGAGACGGAGCUGGACGACAAGAUGGACGCCGUCAUCACACACGUGCUCACACACGUCCUCACGCUGGCCAACGACUACGCCAGCAGCAGAGCAGAAUGAGAAUCAAGCGUGUGUCUGUGUGUGUGCGGGUGUGUGUGUGUGUGUGUGUGUGUGCGUGUGUGCGUGUGUGUGUGUUUGUGAGAGAUGUGAAUCGUAGCAGUCUCACUUUGUCUUGAGGGGACAAAUUAAGCUUAUAAUUCUAGUGGUAGAAUACGGAUCUUCUAAAAGUGUCUUAUUUUCUUAUUUUGAGGGGAUAGCAUCUAUGCUCUAAAUUCUAGUGGUAGAUUACGGAUCUUCUAAAAGUGUCUUAUCUUCUUACUUACAUACUGUAUUUUGAGGGGAUAGCGUCCAUGCUCUUAAUUCUAGUGGUAAAUUAGGGAUCUUCUAAAAGUGUCUUAUCUUCUUAUUUUACAUAUUUUGUUUCUGAGCAACUCUUUCCUCACAUAUUCAUGGUUUACAUGUACAUUUUAGAAGACACUGUUAUUUUUAUUGAUUUUUUUAUUUUUUAUCCUUUAUUUUACCAGGUGAUAACCCAUUGAGAUAAUUGAAUAUCCAGAUUGACUUGCUGUAUGUAAACUUUAUUACAAGGGACUACAUUGGCCGCAGAGCAACUUGGGGUUCAGUGCCUUGUGAGCCUCACAAGCAAAACAAAUGUGCCCAGGAAUUGAACCCACAACUUUUCAGGCUCCUUUGCUAGCCUAAUGAUGCACACAAAGGUGAAAGUGUCCAGGAAUUGAACCCACAACUUUUCGGUGCACUACUUUUUGGAGCCUGGGCUGUCCACAGAGGCCGUGGGGUAUUUUACUGUGUAUUCAGAGGACAGUAGCUAGCGGAUUGUGAACAGAUGUUUUCUGUGUGGGACAACAGAUAUGUUUUGGCUUAGCAACCAUGUAACUUAGAGCACUUUUAACUUCAACGGCCUUCAAAGGACUGCCAAUAGAAGUCAACAAAUGAGCAUUUUCCAAAAAAACAGCCUUCUAAAAACUGCUAAGAGGCCCAUUAGUCCAUGCACAGUGUAGCCCUUGCUUCUUGUGCCUUUUUAUAUUCUCUAUGCAAAUAUUUUGUAUAUUUUAUGUACAUUUAUAUACAUCUUAGUACAUGUGUCAUGUCGUUGUAGAUCAAUGAAAUGUCCUCUCUCUCUCCUGGUUAUGUGGGGCCCUGUUAGAUCAAACAACACUGCAUGCCACUUCUGUUCUUGUAGCAAUAUUAAAAACAACCAGCAAAUGU